ACCUCUCAGCGAACACCAAAUCAAGGAUAUAAUGGAGGCGACGACAAUCCCCUUGACCCGAACGAUGCUGGAGCAGCAGGAAGUGCGAAGGGUGCAUUCACUCUAUCGAAGGGUGGUCUCGCGGCCAUCAUCACAGUUGCAGUCCUAGUAGCCGUUGGAGGAACUAUCUCUGCGAUCCUCUUUUGGCUCGCGAAGAAACGCCAAUGGGACGUUCGCCAAUCUAUUCGACGUGCUUCUCGUCGCCUCACUGGCCGCUCAGAUGUCUCCACCAAACGUCAAAACCGACGCACCGGCGUUCGACUCAACUCGCCGCCUCCAGCCAGGUCUCAACGCCCACUUCGAGAUGUGGAAAAGGGUCUGCCAGACUCCUCACAGAAAGCUAAGACAACCACGACUAUCACCAGC